GUUGAAACCAGGUCUGAGGAAGUAUUCCUGUGAACUGAAACUGGACUCAAACACAGCAAACAGAAACCUUGUCCUGUGUGAUGACGACAGGAAGGCAACACUGAUGAGAGAGGAGCAGCCAUAUCCUGAUCACUCAGACAGAUUUCUCAUCAAGUGGCAGAUCCUGUGUAGAGAUGGUCUGACUGGUCGCUGCUACUGGCAGUUUGAAUGGAAAGGAUGGGUGGCCAUAGCAGUGACUUACAGAGAAAUCAGCCGGAGAGGAGACAGUUAUGACUGUGUUCUUGGCAGGAAUGAGAAGUCCUGGACUCUGACCUGCUAUGAUGAUGGUUUCACCGCCUGGCACAAUAACCGGGCCACAGCCAUUCCUAUCCGCUCCUCCUCAAAGAGAGUGGUAGUUUAUCUGGACUGGCCUGCUGGCUCUCUGUCCUUCUACAGCGUCUCCUCUGACACACUGAUCCACCUCCACACCUUCAACAACACCUUCACUGAGCCUCUGUACCCGGGCUUUUGGUUUGGGUCACAUGACUCCUCAGUGUCUAUGUGUGACAUUUGAGGAGGGAGAGUCGCCUCCUGUGUGGAGAAACACUGUAUAUAAAAAGUGACAUCAGUACAUUAUUACAUUAUUGGCUCCACAUUUAACAUUUUUUGUAUUUUUUU